AUGCAAAGUGGUAUCUUGUCAUUCAAAGACUCUAGUCCCAAUGUACAAGCUAAUUCGCUGCCCAAACAUGGUAAUGCAACUAUGAAUAUGGUCGAAGGAUGUCCAGGAAAGUACCGGGUUUUUGACGUCAAUCUAAAUAGAAGAUCCUUGGUUGAAAUGUAUGCUACCUUAUGUGAAUCGGGCUAUUAUGAGCAUGACCAUGCUGCUUGCCAUGUAUGUCCCAGAGAUUACCGAGGAUGUGCUGUAGUGAAAAGGGACUUACAAGAAAUACGGGAUCAGAACCUUAUUCAGGUUACAAGGGAUAGAAAUGAAGGUGAGCAUGAGGUGAACAUCAUAGUUCCCCGUUUUAAUCUCCCAGAACCAGUUGUGAUUGCUUAUGAUGGUCAAAAGACUGAUGUUUCUCCGUUGGUUAUUCGUUUGGCGGUUCCUACGCAUUACGAGUCUGAUAAAGUUGUGCCUUACAAUUGUGUGACCCUAAAUGGUCGAGUAUUUGCUGCUGCAGCUCCUAAGAGGACUGAAGAUGUUAUGAUAGAGAAAUUAACUCAAGAGAAAACUCCUAUUACACAGACCGGCCAAUCCAGUAGUGUGAAUCAGAAUGCUGAUCAAGAUGAAGUGCUCAAAUUGAUUAAGAGAAGUAAUUUCAAUGAGGUGGACCAGUUGUUACACACCCCGUCCAAGAUAUUUGUCAUAUCUUUGCUAAUGAGUUCAGAGAAGGUCCUGGAGCAAGUCUAUGUGGACCACGACGUAAGAAUUGAUCAAUUUGAUGGCAUUAUGGCCAAUAUUACUUCAUGUAACACUCUAAGCUUCAGUGAUGAAGAGUUACGUGAACAAGGGAGGAACCACAAUCUACCUCUGCAUAUCUCUUUGACUUGUCAAGAAUAUGCCAUGUCCAAUGUGUUGGUGGGUAUUGGUUCUUCUCUUAAUGUUAUGCCAAAGUCCACUCUAUCCAAGCUUUCUUAUCAAGGUACUCCGAUGAGGUUCAGUGGGGUUAUUGUGAAGGCCUUCGAUGGCUCGAGGAAGACUGUAAUUGGGGAGGUUGGUCUCCCAAUAAAGAUAGAAUUUGAGGCAAAUUUGUUUCAUGCUCUUUCUGUUGAUAAUAUUGUUGCGAAGAAGAAUGAGGAAUCCACGUCAUCGUUGAAGGAUACCAAACAUGUGUUGAAGAAUGCUCAAUCUAUUAAGUUGGGACAAGUUGUUGAGCUUGCAGAGAACAGGAACAGAGAUGGUUUGGGUUUUUCACCUGGUAUAACCCAGAGAAAUUUGAAGCAAAUUCAGGAAAUGUUUCAUAGUGUUGGCUUUAUUCACUCCAAAGAUCGGUCUACUACCGCAAGUUUAGAAGAUCCUGAAGAGCAAGGAGUGCCAAACUUUAUGACAUGUGGAUCGAUGUGCCAGAACUGGAUUGAUGUUGAUGUUCCUUCCGUUAUUCACUUAUCAAAGUGA